AUGAAUACUAUCUUGAUAUCCUUGACGGGAAUGGCAGCACUUGCUGCUGCCGUCGUGGAGGCCUCCUCUGCACCAGCAUCGUCCGGGGGAUCUCCUCAACACGCUGCCUAUUCCCCUGCCACCGAAAGGCUUCUCGUCCACGACAGCAAACAUCUUGGACCGAUUUACCUUCUCGUUGCGCUCGGCGUGACCGUCCUCAUCUUUGUCUACGUCUCGAUAACCAAGCUAAAUCGCCAUGUUCGACACCUUACCUCCAUGACCGACAGCCAAGGCCCAUUGCGAUAUUAUGCGACUUCGUCGCCGUUGAUGCGAGGCCUCAAGAAAAACCUCCUGUAUUCACCAAUUCUGCAUCAUCGAAGAGCGCAUGAACUCAAACUCUCUCAAUACAUCAAGCUGGGAACUCUUCCGACACGGUUACAAGCCAUAUUUAUCUUGUUGAUCAUCAUAGUCAAUAUCGCCAUAUGUACAUGGGGCUUAUCAUGGAGUGGAUCAGACCUUGACCCCUUACCUAUCAUUCGAAAUCGGUCGGGUGUUCUUUCUGUGGCAAACAUGAUGCCCUUGUUGAUCAUGGCAACGGUUAAGAAUCCAAUGAUUGGAUUACUGGAUAUUUCAUAUGAUUCGUUCAACUUGAUGCACCGUUGGUUGGGACGUCUGGCGGCCAUUGAAGCUAUUGUCCAUUCCAUCUGUUGGAUGAUUGGGAAGGUUGGGUAUCAAGGUUGGGACGGCGUCAAGUUCGCACUGCAACAACCUUUCAUUUACAAUGGGGCCAUCGGCGCAGUUGCCAUGAUCUUGUUGCUUCUUCAUAGUCCCAAGAUGGUCAGGAGUUGGGCUUAUGAGGUCUUUCUUCACGCACACAUUGCGUUCGUGUUGGUGCUUAUCAUCUUUCUCUGGUUUCAUCUCAGCAGAUACACAGCUAGGUGGAUAUUGCUCGCUGCGGCUUGUAUCUGGGGUGUCUCACGCGUCUGGCGAUUGGGAACAUUGAUGUGGAGAAGUUUGGGCAAAGGCGGCUGCAAAGCUGAGAUUGAACCUCUGGGAGCCGGGGCCGUCAGGAUCACAUUGACUCCACCAAGACCUUUGCACUAUCGCAUCGGCCAAUACGUGUACCUGACGAUUCCAUCAGUUGGUCUGUGGACAGCUCACCCGUUUUCUAUCGCUUGGAGCGGCCUCGAACAGUCACUCGAUCGAUCAGGAUCAGUCAGGUCCGAGUUUAAUGAAAAACGCCCCAUUAAUCGUCAAACCGACCUGGAAGUCGAACAACGGGGUCGACCUACCCUAUGUCUCCUUGCCAAAGCCCACACUGGCUUCACGAAGAAACUCCUCAACCGCGCACUCGCCUCAGAGACAAAACUCACCCUCAACGCAUAUAUCGAAGGACCAUAUGGAGUGUCUCACAGUUUAGACAGCUAUGGCACGGUAAUGCUGUUUGCCAGUGGCGUUGGCAUCACGCAUCAAAUCGGAUACGUGAGACACUUGGUUGACGGGUAUGCGAAUGGAACCGUGGCGGCCAAACGCAUUACAUUAGUAUGGGUGAUUCCUGAUAUGGAAUGUGUCGACUGGAUUCGACCGUGGAUGCAAGAGAUUCUGGGUAUGGAUCGCCGGCGUGACAUUCUCAAGGUAUUGAUCUAUGUGACAAGAGCCGGUUUGAGUGCCUCGAUCCAAAGUCCUAGUCAAACGACCCGCAUGUCUCGUGGCCGUCCGAAUGUGUUGGAUUUGAUCCAGACAGAGGCGGAUCGUCAUGCUGGAUGUAUGGCGAUCUCCGUCUGUGCGGGUGGGGGUUUGGCGGAUGAAGUUAGACGUGCUUCACGAAUCAUGAUUGAUGGGGGUGCAAAUAUUGAUUUUAUAGAGGAAGGAUUUGGAUGGUAG